CCGUGUUUCUUUUCCUUUGCCCCCCUUUUGAAUUCUUCUCCAUUAUCAUUUGGGCAGAACUUUUUCGAAAGGGCAGAGAGGCAGCAACAGGUGGCGCUCGAGCGGCGGAGGCGGCGAGGCGAUUUGUGUUCUCUUCGAUUAGUGCUUCCCUGGUUUGCUUCAAUGGGGCGGCUGCGGAAAGUUUCUCACAAGGGUGUACCACUAGUCUCUCUCUUGAGAGUGCAGAUUCUCUGAAUGAUCCGUUUGUGCCUAACGAUUUUGCGAUGAUGGUUCUAAUCCUAUGUCUUUGGAAGUCUCUAGGAGGGCUUGACAAAUCUCUAUUUGACUUCUAUAUGGAUCAUAAAGUGAAAUGUUUGAAGAGGAAGUUAUCAUGUGCUGGAAGAAGAAACAUGGGUUCUGUUCAAAAAUCUUCAGCGAGUAAGAGUAUGGAUUUUGAUGCAUCUGAUGUUCCAUUUGCUACAAGAGUUGAGUCAAAUUUUGGUGAUCAUUUUGGCUCUGAGUUUGCUCAUGAACUUGUGGAUCUUGUUCAGGCCAGACAUCAAGAGAAGCCUAAGAUUUUUGUUGAAUGUUCAGAGUCUCUCAUUGUUGAUGUAUUGAAUUGUGUGUUGCAAUCUUCUUUUCUUGCAAACAUUCAUGCUUCCGUGGAAGUUUUUGGCAGUGAGAAUCAUUCACUGAGCAAGUUCUCAUUUGAGUGUUUCUAUUCAAUCUGCUAUCCCCAAUACAAAGUCUGCGAGAUUUGAUGAUAUUCCAGGGAAGUGAUAUCCGUUUUGUUUAUUGGG